AUGUCGCAAAUCCCAACCCCUGCGCAAGAGCUUCCAUCUGACCUCUCUAAUGAGUGGGCGAGUCCCGAAGUAUUCACGGACAGCGACGUGCAAGUCGCUCGAGCAAGAAUGGCCAGCCUCGGCCUGACGGCCAUGGAGCCGUUUUUUGGGGCUUCCCCGCAACAGUCAACCCUGCUUGCCCAGCAAAUUUGGGCUCUGCACCAGGCCAAAAAGACAUCUCCCGCGACACCUUCAAAGGUUCCUCGCCCAAUCCCUCCUUACAAGCCGUCGGGCAUGCCCGCUGCACAGCCCGAGUCUUCUGCUUCGCCUGAUGGAACACCUGCUUCGCUGAAGGAUUCGCCCACCACGAGCCCCUCGCGCCUGCCCAUUCCCAGCAACAAGCUGCGCGGUGUGAAGUCCUACGCAACGUUUCAGCGUCCAUGA